AUGUUAAGAGAGAGCAAAGAGAAAAUGAAAGAGGAACAAAGAUUUAAAGAACAAAGAAAAAUUGAGAGAAAGUUAAAAAAGGAGCAGAAAGAGCAAGAGAAGGAGAAUCGUAAGCUUGAGAGAGAAGAAAGAAAGAGAAACAAGUCGAAACUAAAGAAACAAAAAACAAAAUCCAAAGAGGUGUACUCAAGUUCAGAAUCUGACACGUCCGAUAUUCCAUACAUGGACAAUGACAGUGAUGACUUUGAAGAAAGUUUCGUCGAUGUUUGUCCGGUUUGUAGUUUUAGGUCGGGCAAAGCAGAGGGGUGGUUGAAUUGUGAAUCGUGUGGCAGAUGGUGGCAUGUCGACUGUGCAGGGUAUAACGAGGCGGAGGUUCAUGACGAGGCUUUUGUCUUUGUGUGUAAUGUCUGCGAGUAA